GAGAGCAUGUGGUGAACUGUCAUCGCACUAUCGACAACUCAACAAGCCUUUAAAAGGAGUACGAGCACCUCGCUUCAGCUAUUCCUCUUUGACUUACUCGCAAAUAGCCAAAAUGAAAGUUGUGGGACCUACCUGCGCGCUGAAGAGCAGCAAAGUUGGAGGAGAGGAUGUUGUCCGCUGCCUCUCCGAUCAGAGCUUGGCCAUCUCCAAAUGCAAGAUCCCGCUGCUGGACGAGCAGAUGACCAUGUUUCUCCAAGACAUGAACAGCUGCUACAGCAAACUGAAGGAGCUGGUGCCCACGCUACCGACCAACAAGAAAGCCAGCAAGAUGGAGAUUCUCCAGCAUGUCAUCGAUUACAUCUGGGACUUGCAGGUCGAGCUGGAGAGCAAGAAGAACCAGAGCUCCGCUCCCCGCACUCCGCUCACAACACUCAACGCGGAGCUAGCCAGCAUCUCUGUGGAGAACGGCUGUUCAGAUGACCGGAUCAUGUGCCGUUAAAGCAGAUACUCCCGGUGGCUUCACGUCAACAGAUCAUCGAAGCAUCGUGAUCACGGUGCGCUGAGGUGAACGAACAAACAAACCCCGAUGGACCAGUGACGCCGUGAACUGUGUCGGGAGAGUCUCAUUCUCCUGUUGUAGAGGAAACAAACUUUCAGUAGAGAGUCACACAAAUCUGUGGACAUGACAAGCGUGACGUGCUCUCUCCUUCUCUGAGAUCUCUCCCCGGACACACACCGAUACGCGUGUGUGUUUGUGUCUGUGUUUAGCUGUGGAAUCCAUGGCGAUUAUUCACUUACUGUUCAUGCAUUUCCCUCUCGGUCAAAGUUUCUCCAAUGUUUUUGUAACUUUUUAGAAAAAAAUACUAUUUUGUUGUCAGAUUUCUCAGAUUACUGAGCGAAAGAAUGUAUUGUAUAUUACAAUGCCAUAUGAUGUGAACGCUUUAUUGUGUUUUUUACAAUGUAUAUUGUGUUUUUUUUAUUAAAACAUGAAAAUCAAACUUA